UCCCGCCCGUUCCCGCCCGUUCCCGUUCCCGGUGCUGAUCCCGGUGCUGAUCCCGGUGCCGCCAAUGCAGCGGGAGGUGGGCUCGCUGCCGCUGGCCCCCGCCCUGCGGGCCCGCCUGGCCGCCGCCGGCUUCCAGACGGCGCAGGAGCUGCUGGAGACCGGCCCCUGCGGCCUGAGCAAAGAGAUUGGGAUUUCCAAAGAAGAGGCGCUGGAAGCCCUGCAGGUGGUGAGGCAGGAAUGUCACGGGGACGCAGCAAGGACUGCCGGGGGGUCAGGCGCCACCAGAAAGUUCACAGCCCUGGAGCUUCUGGAGGAAGAGCAAGCCCAGGGCUUCAUCAUCACCUUCUGCUCAGCACUGGACAACAUUCUGGGAGGGGGUGUGCAGCUGACGAAAAUCACCGAGGUCUGCGGAGCACCCGGCGUGGGGAAAACGCAGCUGUGUAUGCAGCUGGCAGUGGACGUGCAGAUCCCGGAGUGCUUCGGGGGCGUCGCUGGAGAAGCCGUGUUCAUUGACACCGAGGGAAGUUUCAUGGUAGACAGAGUGGUGGAUAUUGCAGCUGCCUGUGUGCAGCACUGCCAGCUCAUUGCUGAGGCUCAGCAAGAGGAAGAUCAUCUGAAAGCUUUGGAGACCUUCUCUCUUGAAAGUAUCCUUUCUCACAUAUAUUACUUCCGUUGUCGUGACUACAUAGAGCUCCUUGCCCAGGUCUACCUCCUCCCAGAAUUCCUCUCAGAGCAUUCCAGGGUCCGACUGGUGGUGAUUGAUGGAAUUGCCUUCCCUUUCCGCCACGACUUCGAGGACCUGUCCCUGCGGACGAGGCUGUUGAAUGGUCUGGCACAGCAGCUCAUCAUGGUAGCAAACGACCACAAAGCAGCAGUGGUUCUGACAAACCAAAUGACAACAAGAAUCGGGCAAAGCCAGUCCACGUUGGUACCUGCUCUAGGAGAAAGCUGGGGACACGCUGCCACCGUCCGUUUAAUCUUUCACUGGGACAACAGUCAGAGGUUGGCAACUUUGUACAAAUCACCGAGUCAGAAGGAGGCAACAAUCCCCUAUCACAUCACAGUCAGUAUUGCUUUUGGGGUGGAGAGUCAGAGAGGGGAGCACAGUGGGGGCUGUAAAGGGACUUUCAGACACAGAGACAAAUCUGAGAACGGUGUUUGCUUGUUUGUAGGGUUGCCUUCUGAAGGUAACCAGUAAUACUGGAAUGUCUCCAGAUUUAUGAGUAUUUUGCACCUCUUCUCUUUAGAAAAGUGACCCAGCAGUUAGUCCCCUGAGUUAAAACAUUUUGAUUUCCAGAUCAAACUUACAGGCAGCCUGUCCCCAUCUGCUCUGCUGCUAGUGCUGCUCAUUUUAUCUGCCCUUGAUGUUAACUUGUGGCCUAAGUACAGUUAGUGAGGACAAUGGGAGCCUUCAUUUGGGAGACCUGAACCAGCCAGGCUGUUUUCUCCCUUCUCAGGUAGGCUCUUCUCUUAAUCUCUUGCACUUGGGUUUAUCUUUUUAGGACCAGGAUGACCAGAACUAUUCCAGAGGUCUCACCAGUGCCAUAUAUAUUUCCCCAUCUCUGCUUUAUGUGUGUUGCCUGAUAUAACCCAGGCUGUAUUUCUCUCUUUCAUGGCUCCAUCCUACAGUGACCCUACACCCAGCCAAUAUACACAGAUUUUUCUCCUCUGUCACUAUCAUAUAAGGAGCUUCCAGCUUAUGGCUGGAGACCUCAUUCACCCCUAGGUAAAUCCCGUGAUUAUUUCCUUUUGUGGAAUGCUUAGAUACAUAUUAAUGAGAAUACAUGCUGUCUAAGCUGUAUUUAGGUUUAAAAAAACCCUCACCACUCCACUCUUACAUCUUCAAAUGUCAGAUCCAUAGGUACAUGCCAUAACUAUUUGCUACGUGUCCUCAUGGAAACACGUUGCCAUAGCAUUUCCUGCAGAUUUUAAUGCUGCCAUAAGAUGAGAUCUUCAAACUUUCCAAGAGAAAUCAGAUUUUUCUUCACUCCUGGGUGUAUUCACCUGGACAGGAGAAACACUGCAAAUAUAUACUCUUAGCUCUGUAAAGACUGGAAGGGUAAGUGGG